AUGACCUCUGAGGCUCGAAGGAAGCAGAAGCGGCAAACCAUGCCGUACAUGACCAAGUACGAGAGGACGCGCAUCUUGGGGAUCCGUGCUCUGCAGAUCAGCAUGAACGCGCCUGUCAUGGUUCCUGUGGACAAGGAAACUGAUCCUCUCAAGAUUGCGACCAAGGAGCUGAUUGCUGGCAAGGUUCCCUUCAUCAUCAGGCGGCAUCUUCCCAACGGAUCGUCGGAGGACUGGGCGGUGAACGAGCUGAUCAUAGAGCACGUGUCGCUCACGGAUCGUUAUCAAUGA